AUGCCUGGUAGGCCUACGGCCUCACGUGCACGACCGGUUCGUCCCGGUCGAGUGGCGUUAAAGUUGACUGGCCAGCGCGACGAGCUGGGCAGUUGGGUCGUGGCGGCUUGGGCGGGGGUCGCAAGAGCAGACGUGCCAACCGACGGGCCUGGCGCGCCGUCUCUGCCGUUGACGCGUAUCGAUUCCGCUUGGGCCGGGGGGCGCGGCGUUGGGGCUGGGCUUUCAUGGGUCCUCGCGCGUCUGACGCGAAGUUCGUCCAACACGGCGCCGACUCGCACGCUAAAGUUCUAGCUCCCCCUCGUCUUCAACCUCGACCUCGACCUCAAUGGCAUCGAACUCGGUCACGGUGUCGAGCUAGAGCGCUGGUAGUUUUGACGCAGCUUCUACAUCCGCCGACCUCCAGCUGCCUUCGACGUCUGACACGUGCGACCAGGCGCCGCGAGGGACGCGCUUCCCUGCUGGCCACGACAGCGACUACAGCGACCGCAAGCGCAAGUGCGCCCAGGAACGCGACCGAAAACUUGGCGUCGGGCCCUCUACCUCGGUAUCGCACUCGUCGAGCCACUCGACCCCAUUACGACCGCGCCGGGAGGCGGCCUCGGCAGAGCGAGCAACAGCCAGAGCCGAAAUAAUCUUCCAGGCGGUCCAGAUGCACCAAAAACAGAGCUUUUGUUCCGUCGACAAAGAGAGUGCGGUCGCGCGACAUCGACAUACAGAAUCACCGCUGGCGAGGGCGCCAACGUCAGGAUCUGCGCAAUGACGAUCAUCUGGGUCGAGGAGUCGCGCAACUCGGACUUGGUCGAAAUACGCAACGUGAUCCAAGAAAAGAGACCUCGAGGGCUCGCUCCGCUGGUCGGCGUCUUUCGCACCGAAUACAGGACCCUCCCCAUGUUCCUCCUACCCGGCGACGAAUCCCUGAAAGGUCUCACCCCGCGGGCCAGGGAGGUCGUCGUUCACGAAGAGUGCUACAACCCACUCGCCACGCUCGAAAACACCAAGCAGCUCGCGCGCGCUCUCGAGGGUGCGAUUGAGGGUGAGUGCUCAGCAGAGCGGGACAGCGCGCUGAAGGGUGUGCCAACACUGACGACCCUUUGCCUUGCGUGACAGGGCAUCGCCAGCUUUGGAAUCACGGCUUCAUCCACCGGGACGUGUCCUAUGGCAACGUAAUGGUGGACCAAGACGGCAAAGGAAUAUUGAUCGACUACAAUCUGGCGGUGAAGAAGGCUCGAACGGCGGAAGAAGAGUGUCGCCUCAGCCGCUCGGUACGUUCUCGCGUCCGUGCUAGCCCUCAACACGUUCUUGGACUCACCCAACUCCUUCUCACCCUUCCCCUGUACCAUGAUCAACCACAGGGCACGCGACCCUAUAUCUCUCGACUCUUGCUCAGCCCCGCAACUGAGGGUGUGGUGCACGAGCGCUGGCACGACAUCGAAUCCUUUUUUUAUGUGGCGUCCCGCACGGCUUUUCAAUCUGAGUCUGCCGGCCCGCCCCUUUUCGAAAAGCCGAAAGCCGAGCGUAUCUGGAACGUGUGGAAUGCCGGGGAUCUCGACGAUGCAGCAGCCAGGAAGAAUGGGCUGCUGGCGGAGGACGGUGUUGAUGAGCUUCUGGACGCAUGCGCACCUCGUUGGUCUGGCAUGGAGAAGGUUCUGAGUGUCCUGCAGCAAAAUUGCUCGCUGGAUUGGUCUUUCGCAAGGCUGAAACGCAUCAAGGCAGAGCCAGAACUUGCGUGGCGUUGGAACUCCGGUCAGAUGUCGUAUGAACACGUCCAGGCGGGUCUCAAGGCCGUUUGCGAGUAG